GUGGACAUGAGCAAAGUAAAUCUGGAGGUAAUCAAACCAUGGAUAACAAAACGAGUAACAGAAAUCCUUGGAUUUGAAGAUGAUGUAGUAAUUGAAUUUAUAUUCAACCAGUUGGAAGUGAAGGCCUGAACCAAAAUGGAAGUUAUUCCUUGCGUCUGAAGUAUAGCACCAUCACCUUAUUAGGUCACAGCAGAGUGAGUGUCCAAUGUCGCUCUGACCCAACUCCCUUGAUGAUGCAGUGUGUGUUUGGAGGUGAGUUGUGUAAAGUGGCCGAACCAAAAAAUCCAGGAAAGAGCAAUUGGGCAAAGCUUUACACUGCUCUUGAAAUUACUGUAAAGUAGAUCAGGUUUUAUGUGAAGCAUGAGGGGAAUUCUGAAUUGAUCAGAUGGUAUUUUAAUGGCAAGUGCUUGAGUCAGUUUAGAGUCCAGAUCUAUAGCUAUGUUAAUUUUUGCUUUUGUUAAUUACUAUAGGCUAGCAUUUAUAUUUGCUGUAGUUAACCUUCAGACUGAUACAGUAUGAGCAUUGGGAUCAUUUAGUACCAUAAACUUCACGUGAAGGGUAUGAAAUAUGAGGUGGUAAUAAACUCAGUUUUCUUAAUAUCUGCCUCUGUGCCACUGCAACCCAAGGGACAGUAAAAGAUGCAUAUGAAUUAUUGGCAAAUCAUUCUCAUGCUGAUGUACUUUACGCUUAAUCUUUCUUCCUAAGAGUUCAACCUUGUGUUUUGAGAGAACAGUUGACAUUUCAACUGAUAAAGGUAUUUCUGUUUAAGAAACCUUUAAAUUUGGCUUUAUUAGUAGUUCUUUCAUUAAUAUUUAGAUGUUUUAUAUAUAGAGAACAAAAAGGGGAAAUAAGUUUAAGUACUAAGCUAAAUAAAGCUAGGGCUCAUGAUAGAAAAUGUUUUCUUAACAUGUGCUAGUGUAAUAAGCUCUGAAUUUUAAUUCCCCUUAUACUAAGCAUGAUUAAAGUUUAGAACUUUUUAAAACAAUUUUUCUUUUUUUGUGGUUGUGUACUCAUUAUUGCUUGUUCGUCUUUUGCAAUUUAGAUAAAUGAUAUAACAUUAAACUCAAGGUGGUUGAGUUGCAGUAGGGAGUCGGAAGCAAGCCAAGGGAACAUCUUUCUCUACAGGGGACUUGGCGAUUCCAAAACCCCCAAGGUUCCAAGAAGAAACUGAAGACACCUGGAAUCUAAUCCAGAUUCCAAAAUGAUGCAAAUCAACCUGACUGGUUUUUUGAAUGGGAAAAAUGCUAGGGAGUUUAUGGGCGAACUGUGGCCACUACUAUUAAGUGCACAGGAAAACAUUGCUGGCAUUCCAACUGCAUUUCUGGAGCUGAAGAAAGAAGAAAUAAAACAGCGACAGAUAGAGCAAGAGAAACUGGCUUCUAUGAAGAAGCAAGAUGAAGACAAGGAGAAGAGAGAUAAGGAAGACAAAGACAACAGAGAAAAAAGAGACAGAUCCAAGAGUCCAAGAAGACGCAAAUCAAGGUCUCCUUCCCCUCGAAGGCGGUCGUCGCCUCUCAGAAGGGAGCGGAAGCGCAGCCAUUCUCGCUCCCCUCACCACAGAACCAAGAGCCGUAGUGCUACUCCUGCACCAGAAAAAAAAGAGGUGACUCCUGAGCCAGAACCCUCUGUGAAACCAAAGGAGACUGUUGUUCAAGAGCCAGCUUCAAACAGUGAUAUCCCAAAAGUUCCUAAACCUGAACCUCCUGCACCAGAGACUAAGGAAACUUCACCAGAACGUAAUUCAAAGAAGGAGAGAGAGAAGGAAAAAGAGAAGACUCGUCAAAGAUCCCCAACUCGGUCCAAGUCAAGGUCAAGAUCUCGAUCACGUUCUCCAUCUCAUUCUCGACCAAGAAGGCGUCAUAGAUCACGGUCAAGGUCUUACUCCCCUAGAAGGCGACCAAGCCCAAGACGACGGCCGUCUCCAAGGAGAAGGAGCCCUCCAAGGCGAAUGCCUCCCCCCCCCAGGCACAGAAGAAGCAGAUCCCCUGUGAGGCGGAGACGACGGUCAUCAGCAUCCUUAUCUGGCAGUAGCUCUUCCUCCUCCUCUUCACGUUCCCGAUCACCGCCAAAGAAACCACCUAAAAGGACUGCGUCAAGUCCCCCUCGUAAAACGCGUAGGUUCUCUCCUUCUGCAAGCCCUCCUCGGCGGAGGCACAGACCAUCCCCACCAGCAAGCCCACCUCCAAAACCACGCAGGUCUCCAACGCCCCAGCAGUCAAAUCGUGCAAGGAAAAGCCGUGGCUCCGUUUCACCCAGCAGAGCAUCAGCACCCAAACAUAAGAGUACUGAAAAACGAGAGUCUCCUUCGCCAGCACCAAAACCAAGGAAAGCAGAACUGUCAGAAUCCGAAGAAGAUAAAGGAGGUAAAAUGGCUGCAGCGGACUCUGUUCAACAGAGGCGUCAGUACAGAAGGCAGAACCAACAGUCUUCAUCUGAUUCUGGUUCUUCAUCUUCAUCUGAAGAGGAAAGACCUAAAAGAUCCAAUGUGAAGAAUGGGGAAGUUGGUAGGCGCCGACGCCAUUCCCAUUCACGCAGUCCAUCACCGUCUCCACGCAGGCGACCGAAGGAAUCCUCCCCUCGGAUGCAGAUGGAAAAGAGGUGGCAAUCACCAGUGAUGAAAAGCAGGAGGAGGAGAAGCCCCUCACCCCCGCCGGCACGGCGGCGACGCACCCCUUCCCCUGCCCCUCCACCCCGGCGCCGGCGCUCCCCUUCGCUGCCUCGCCGAAGGUCUCCAUCACCACCCCCACGCAGACGCUCACCUUCUCCACGGAGAUACUCUCCACCAAUACAGAGGCGAUAUUCUCCUUCACCACCGCCGAAGAGAAGAACGGCCUCUCCUCCUCCCCCACCUAAACGGAGGGCAUCCCCUUCUCCACAGUCCAAACGCAGAGUCUCCCAUUCACCACCACCAAAACAGAGGUGCUCACCCACUGCUAAAAGGCGUUCUCCUUCGCAGUCUUCCAAGCACCGGAAGGGAUCUCCUCCCAGUAGGUCCAAUCGGGAAACACGUUCUCCUCCACAAAACAAAAGGCAUUCACCUUCACCACGGCCUAGAGCUUCUCAUACCUCUGCAAGCCCACCACCACCGCGAAGGGGAGCUUCAGCUUCACCCCAGAGAAGACAGUCUCCAUCUCCAAGCACUAGACCCAUCAGGAGGGUUUCAAGAACGCCAGAACCUAAGAAGACAAAGGCUCCAACGCCAAGUCCGCGAUCUGCAAGACGGGUGUCUUCAUCACGGUCUGCAUCAGGAUCACCUGAGCCAGCACCCAAAAAACAUCAAGGACCUCCAUCUCCCACUCGGUCUCGUUCUCCUUCUGCAAACUGGUCACCUGAAAAAAAGGCUAAAAGCCCAACUCAGAGCCCAUCACCUGCAAGGAAUUCAGAUCAAGAAGGGGGUGGGAAAAAGAAGAAGAAAAAGAAGGAUAAGAAGCAUAAAAAGGAUAAAAAGCACAAGAAACACAAAAAACAUAAGAAGGAGAAGGCUGCAGUGGCUGCAGCAGCUGCUGCUGUGGCUGCAGCAGAUACCACCUCAGCACAGGACGACCAGGAAGCUGAGACAGAACCCAAAAAGGAAACAGAAAGUGAACCAGAAGACAACCUUGAUGAUCUAGAAAAGCACCUGCGAGAGAAGGCACUGAGGUCGAUGAGGAAGGCGCAAGUGUCCCCACCAUCCUAGGCCGAAUCCUUUGAUAUAAUGUACAUUUUAUUUGGUUUGUACUCAGAAUUCAAUUUCAAAUUGCUAAAUGUGUUUGAGCUUUAGAAUAUAACAUUUGUUGUAAUAAUUGCUAGGUUGAGGUUCACCAUGUACAAAGGGCAUGGAUUUACAUUACAAGAGGUGUCCACAGUGUACUAGUGACAUUCUUUCAUUGGCAGUCAACAUAAUUUCAUUUAGAGUGAGACUUUUUAGAAGCAGUAGGAUUUUGUUUUGAAGGUUUUAAACAUGACCAUCGGUUCCCUUAGUUUCUUUGAAAUUCAACAAAGCCUUUAGUGAGGGUCUCAUUUGACUUCUUUUGUAUCCACUUAUGUUAUGCUACUAACCUCUGUGGUUUGUAAGCUUGCCCAGAAGUAAAACCACUGCAGAAUUACCAAGGAAGUACUGAUCUUUUAAUGCUCUCUACUGUUGCCUGUGUAGUCUCCAUGAAAGCGUAUCAGGAGUAGCAACAUAGAAUGGUACAUAAAUGAAAGCAUGUUGUUUACCAGGACACUGUGGGUUUAUACUGAUGUUAAUUUGGAACACUGGAAUUUCAUUUGUAUUUUUAUGUUCUUUUUUUUAAAGGGCAGUUUCCAUGAUCAGCAGUCCCAGAAAAAAUUCCUUCAGUUCCAUGAAUUUUGUUUGUGAGCUGUCAUUGCCCCACUCAUAAAUCUUGUCUCGUUACGGUUCUUCUCAAUGGUAUAAGCAACUUUCAGAGUGCUCUUUGAAAGGCUGAGGAACCCAAACUUUGGAUAUUGUCAUGUUUUCACUGUUUUUUUUGUUUUUGUUUUUUUAACUAAAGCUAUAUAAAGCUUGUGGAUUAAACAAAAUAAAUUUCUAAAUUUAAA